UGUGUUCAUAAGAUGUGUGAUUACUUAUUCAAUUUUUGAAACGUAAAUGAUAUGAUAUGCUUUUAAUAAUUUACUCAGUUUUACUUUUAGUUUUCUUCUUAUUGCUUAGAAAAGUUUUAGUACGAAUGAAAGUCGUGAGUAAGUUUUCCACGAAUCGAAGGCUCGAUGGAAAAGUUGCAAUUGUUACAGGUGGCAGUGAUGGCUUAGGGUUCGCGAUCUCGACAGAACUGGUUCAAAAGGGAGCAAUAGUUUUCAUUUUAUCCCGAAACCAGUCAAAGCUAUCCGCAGCAGCUUCAAAACUGAGAAAAUACGCCGUUCCCAAAGAAUUUUCUUCAAACGACGAACUUUCUUCUUCUUUGCAAUAUAAGAAUGAAACAGUGAUUACAUGCCAAGUUGAUUUGAGUGAUUUGGAAUCUGUUCGAGAGUUCAUUGAUUUCUACAAGCAGAAAAACAGAAAAGUCGACAUUUUAAUAAACAACGCAGGCCUGAUAACAAACGAAGUGAAAGUUUCGCCUCAAGGUCAUGAUCUAGUCAUGGCCACCAACUACUUGGGCCACUUUCUGCUAACUGAGAGUCUGCUAAUUGAUUCACAACCAACCACAAUUAUCAAUAUUACUUCAGAUAUGAGCUCGUUGUUCGGAAGAAUCGAUUCCGAACAUCCAGGGCAAAUCAGUUUGAAUGCAUUUCAGAAGUUAUUGAACGUGAACAAUUUGGUCUAUAUGAAUUAUUCAUACGCAAUGGCCAAGAAAGCGAUGGAAAUGUACAGUCAACAUUUCAUGACGUCACUCAACUUCAGCGGAAGUUCUAGAAUGUUCUGUGCAAACCCAGGUCUUCUCAACACAAACUUCAUGUCAAAUUGGCCGAAUUGGAUGGAGAAAUUAUUGAAGCCAAUCCUUCUGAGAACUGCCAUGAAAUCACCAGCAGAUGGAGUUCAUGUGGUUAUGAAGUGUUUAUUUCUACCUGAAGUUCAUGAACAAAAUGUGAACGAACAAUUCGGUUUGGUCUUCAAGGGCGUGAAAAGUUACAAGUCGCUUAAUUACUACCCGGAUGUUGAGUGUGAACAACUAUAUCGCAAUACGCGACUUUUACUGAGCCAAUGGAUCACCGAUACCAGCUGAUUGUCAAU